AUGAAUGUGCCCCUUGUCUGCGACUAUGGCUCCGGCUUCAGCAAGGUGGGCUUUUCAGGAACAGCAGCGCCCCUGGCCAUAUUCCCAACCAUCCUCGGGAAACUUCGGCACGACAAUCCGUUGGUGGGAAUGGAAGAGAAAGACUGGUUCAUCGGAGCUGAGGUUCAGAAUAAAAGGGGGCAACUCAACCUGCAGUACCCCGUCUCCCGGGCGACCAUCGCCGACUGGGACAACAUGGAAAAGAUCUGGCAUCACUCCUUCUACCAGGUCCUCCACAUCGCCCCGGAGCAGCAUCCCCUGAUGGUGACAGAACCACCUUUAAACACAAUGUCCAACAAAGAGAAAGUGUCGCAGAUCCUGUUUGAGACCUUCAACGUGCCUGCCCUGUACUUAGCCAACCAAGGAGUCUUUUCUCUGUACGCCUCCGGCCAAACCUCUGGAACAACCAUUGAAUCUGGAGAAGGAAUGACAUACUUCGUGCCCAUCGUUGAGGGCUGUCCUUUGCAUCAGUCGACCAUCCAGAUGGACGUGGCAGGCCAAGACCUAACCUUGUACCUCCUGCAACUAUUGACAGACAGUGGGCACUCAUUGGUGGGCACAGCCGACAGGGAGUACAUCCGGGACGUGAAAGAGAAAUGUUGCCAUGUGGCUUUGGACUUCAACAAGGGAAAAAUGAAAGCCAGCUCGCCUUCCAAUGCACAGAAAUAUCAGCUGCCUGACGGCCGAGAGAUCAACAUUGGGCGGGAGAGGUUUUCCUGCCCCGAAGCGCUCUUCCAGACAAACCUCAUAGGGAGGAACAACCUAGGUAUCCACAUGAUGGCCUUCCGGAGCAUCAGCUCCUGCAAUCCCACCCUCUGGAGGGUUCUCUUUGGCCACGUCGUAUUGUCCGGAGGUACUGGCUCCUGUUCUGGCUUGCAGCUCCGGAUGCAGAAAGAAAUAUCCGCCCUGGUUACCCCCACAAUCAACGUAAAGGUGUCCACCUCUCCGUAUUCCAGAUACGGCGCCUGGGUGGGUGGCUCCAUCCUGUGCUCACUCUCUACCUUCAAGGACAUGUGGGUCACCAGCGAUGAGUACAAGGACAUCGGUUCCUCUAUGGUCAGUAGGAGAAGCUUCUGA